CCACUGCUCCGUGUCCCAGAGAAAUGGCGACCUCCACGUUGGGUGCAGCAUGGUUAGUGGAUGAAAGUGACAAAUUAAACAAGAAAAAACAGAAAAGAAUCGUCAAACAUAAAAAGAAAGCUUGGAGGGUCACCUCAAACGUUGAAGAUGUGGAAAGAUUUUUGGAAAGCAAGCGACUCGAUGAACGACUUGGAGCACCUUUGGAAGAACGCCCGAGUGAUAGUUUUUUUGUUGUUGACACGAAAACCGAAGCAGACAAACCUUUAAAGAGGGAACUGACAAAGAAACGAAAAAUCAAAGAAAUUGGUCCUCUAAGAUGCUAUGCCAUUUUAACUCCAAAUUCAGCUGUUAUAGAUCCUUUGAAGAAAAGAAAUCGUGUUCGACUUCCAGAAGAAAGAGGAGAUCCACUCCUCAGAAAAGUCAUGGAGGAAAGGAGAGCCAAAGGUAAAAUUCCUACUCGCUUUCUUCAGUCUAUGAAGCAUCAUCAGGAGAAUGUCGAGGCAUUAGCAAAGAAAAAGAAACCUGAAAGGCUGAGGACAACCUUUGAUUUUGAUCUUUGGGGAGAUGCUGGUGACAGUUUGAUGAUUGGGGACAAAAAAGUAUCAGCACUUGAUUUGUCAGACCAGCUAAAGACUUACACAAUGGAGAAAAUGGGCAAUCGGAUUUACAGCCGACCACCGACUAUGUUCUUUAAAACAACAGGCCUUAAACCAGUUGAAUAUCCUCAUCCGGGAACUUCUUACAAUCCAACUUUCCAGGAUCAUCAAGCCUUAUUGAAAGAGGCUUACAAUCUUGAGACGAAAGAGAUGAAGGAAGAAGUCAGAACUCGACGAAGGCUAGGCCCAAUGCUAAAGAAGAUUCCCGUGCAAAGAAAAGAAGAACAAUGGUGGUCUGAAAUGACGCAAGGCUUGGCCGAUGAAGAAGAGCCAGCCAAAGAAGAGGAAGAAGAAGUUCCUUGCAUUCGCCCAACCAAACCCAAGACGCGCAAACAGAAAAUCAGGGCCAAGGCCCUUAAAUGGCAAGACAUGCGGCGAAAGAAACUGAAAGAAGCUAAAAAGCGUUUGCUGGAAUUUGACAGACUGAGGUCAAUUCGCCGUGAAAUUCGAAAGUCUGAAGAGCUGACUGCCAAGCGAAUUGAAAUAAGAAAGAAGGAGAAAGAGGCCAAAAUGUUUAAGCCAGCCAUGCUGGGCCGACAUAAAUACGAGCCCCCGCCAAUUGAAGUGAACCUCAGCGAAGAGAUUACUGGCACUCUACGUGGAUUGAAAACAGAAGGUCAUGUCUUGAUCGACCGGUUCAAGUCUAUGCAGCGACGCAACAUAAUUGAGCCCCGAGUCCGACAAACGGUCGUGUUCAAGUACAAGCAUAAAGUCUUUACAAAACGCAGCCACUCGGAGCCUAAGGGUCUUAAAGUGGGUAAUCGUAACAAGGACAAAACUCCCGUACAAUGAGAUGACGCGUUGAAUGUGAAUGACACGGUCGCCAUUUCAAUAAAAAAUAUGUCGCGUA